CCCGGCAAGAUGGCGGCUCCCUUGGAGCUCAGUUGCUGGGGAGGUGGCUGGGGGCUCCCAUCGGUGCACAGCGAGUCCCUGGUGGUGAUGGCUUACGCCAAAUUUUCGGGUGCACCCUUGAAAGUCAAUGUCAUAGAUAACACCUGGAGAGGUUCAAGAGGAGAUGUACCAAUUUUGACAACUGAAGACAACAUUGUUUCUCAGCCUGCGAAAAUACUAAGCUUUUUAAGAAAACAGAAAUAUAAUGCUGAUUAUGAACUCUCAGCAAAACAGGGGGCAGACACCCUGGCUUACAUUGCUCUCCUUGAAGAGAAGCUUCUUCCUGCAGUGCUUCACACAUUCUGGGUCGAGAGUGACAACUACUUUACUGUGACAAAGCCAUGGUUUGCUUCACGAAUUCCUUUUCCCUUGAGUUUGAUCCUGCCUGGAAGGAUGUCUAAGGGAGCACGGAAUAGAAUUCUCGUGACGAGAGGACAGCCUCCCUUCUACCACCUCCGAGAAGUGGAAGCUCAGAUAUACAGAGAUGCCAAGGAGUGCCUAAAUCUUCUGUCAAACAGAUUGGGAACAUCUCAGUUUUUCUUUGGAGAUACGCCGUCUACCUUGGAUGCCUAUGUAUUUGGUUUUCUUGCACCUCUCUAUAAAGUACGCUUUCCUAAAGUUCAGUUACAAGAACAUCUGAAACAGCUCUCCAACCUGUGCCGCUUUUGUGAUGACAUCCUAAAUAGUUAUUUUAGGCUUAGUCUUGGAGGCACCUCUCCUGCUGGACAAGAAACAGUAGAUGCGAAUCUGCAGAAACUCACACAACUUGUAAAUAAGGAAUCCAACUUGAUUGAAAAGAUGGAUGACAAUCUUCGCCAAAGCCCUCAACUUCCUCCUCGGAAACUGCCAACACUCAAGUUGACUCCAGCAGAAGAAGAAAAUAAUUCCUUACAACGGCUAUCACCCUGACCGUCCCAUCAUGCUCUGUGUCCAAGGUCAUGAUUGUUGCAGUAAUCUCUUACACUAAGUGUGUAGAGGCAAAAAUACCAUUAGUAGGUAGAAGGGAGACUCCAAAAAGAAACUUUCUAUGGCAUCUAUUUUUUUCUUAAUUAGGAAGCUUGUAUUUUGGCCUGGCAAUGCACUUUAGCUAACAUCAAAGUGAAUGCUAAAUGAACUUGGGGAACAAAGAAAACAAUUGUACCGUAUAUUUAAAAAACAACAGAAACCUGCCUUAAUCUUGGCAGAUUUUUGCCUUUAUUUCUUAUGUUGCUGACCAAAAGCUGUAAUUCUGUUCUGAAUGUGCACUCUUAUUUAUUCGUGUUAUUUUAUUAAUUCUGUUUUCUUAGAACAGUUUGAACAAUCUAAUAUGUGGCUCUUGGAAGCUUUUUUCCUCUGUUUAGAAAUUUGAUGAUUUUAGACAUUAGGGAAAAUGUAAUACUACAAUAUUCUAUUUACUUCAAUAGAAAAGUCUAUUAAAAAGCAAAGAGGAAUGUGCUUUUUAAUUAUGCCCUCAGAAGUGUAAUCUUUUGGGGGAUUAGUAUCAUAUAUAUGUAUAUAUGUAUCAAAGGUGGUUACAUAUAAUAUUCAUCUGACUAUAUGCACUUCUGGUAUUUGCUAUGUGUUCAAUAUAAGGUUAGCAAGGAUGCUUUCAGUUUAUUGGGUGGAUGUGGCAGGUUUAGGCCUGUGUAUUUGUAGUACAUUUUUAACUCUAGUAAUCUCUUUCUUGGAUUGAUUUCAGGAGAACUGAGUAUGUUGGUCAUCAUUAUUACACCAGGCUGUAAAGUCUUACUGAAAUUUGCCCAAUUGUCAGACCCUCCUCAGCCGGAGUAAUAGAAACACCUACUGUGUGCCUGGUCCAAGUUCACCAUGCUUGGUUCAGACCAGUGUUCUUUCACAAGAAGCCUAUCAUAUAACAAAAGCUUUAUGGCAACUUAUUAUUUUCCAUACAUUUUAACUACAGUUGAAGGAUCCAGUGGAAUAUGCAGGAGUAACAGUAGCUUUUAAAGAAUAUUUUCUACUUUUGGGUGACUGAACUGUGGAAGGAUUUGUUGUGCAGGUGAUUUUACCUAGAAUAGAAUCUUGCUUAUUUUAGUGGCUAAGGUGCUCCCAUUGUCCUAAAACCACUUCUGGGGUUUUUUAAAUAUGGGAUCAUGUUUUUGAUCAGUGUCUUAAAAGAUUACUAUGGUGCUCAGCAAAUCUUAUCACAUCCUGCAGAAACUCCCGUGUUAGGAAAACAGCCUUGUAGUCAGGAGACUCCCCUAAUUCAAGCUGAAUGGAGCUCAGCUACGUCUGACCCGAGCCCUCCCAGUUUGCUCUGUAGUACGUCUUACACAGGAGUCUUUAAGUCGCUGUAAAUUAUUUUUUUCUUGAAAGUUUUAAUUAAAUGAGAAACCAGAUAGUCUUCACAAUCUUGUUCAUGUGUUUGGAUGGAUUUAGGGAAUCUCCUCGGCCUUUUGGCUAAGACAAGUGUGGAUGCACUUAGGGAAAGUAAUGGGUUUACUUAUACAUUACUUAUACAUUAGGUUUGUGUGUUUUGUAUUAGUUUUCCAUUAGAUUCCAGCAUUCUAAAAUCAUGACCUUAGGACUUUACUGUCCUCUGGGAUUGAUGUAUAUUGGAGAAGGGGGGUUAACACAUUAAUCAGACAUCAUUUAUGCUCUAGUUAGUGUUGGUCAUUUUCAAUCAUGAUUUAUGUUAAACCUUCUCAGAAGCAUUUGAAGUGGCUUAAAAUUGUCAAACACAUGUAAAACAGGACAAUUAAAACUAGUGUUUGGGAAAAUGAAAACUGAGGGAAAGAGAGCUCUACCAACCCUAACAGAUUCUAAAGUCAGAUGGUAAAUUUAACUCCCAAGUUUCUCCAUGGGCACAGACCAAAGUAAUAGUGGGUUAUGUAAAAGCUUUCUGUCAGUAAAACUCCUAAUUCCCAUGGUAAGAAAAUGUGUUUAAAUAUUUUUAAGAAUGUGAGAUCAUGUUCUUUUGACACAGAAUUCAGCCAGUAAACAUACUGUAAUGUUGCAUGUGUUGAAUGUUUAGUGAAUGAUAAAUAUGAUAUAUUUCCUUUUGGUCAUCCUGCUUUGAAUUGCGUUUAGCCCUGCAGUAGGUAACCUAUGGUGUUUCCAGACUACCUAUUCUAAGAUUCAAAUUGUGAUUUAGAUAAGUGAGAAUUUAUGUAUUGGGCCACUUAAUUGAGCAUUUUGGGGAUCGGCCAACAAGAUGGUAGGAAGCUAUAACUGAGUAUAAACUGCUCCAGAGAUCAGCCACAUCUAUAGGAAGCUCUUUGAAAGGAACAACUUUCCAGAUUGGGCAGAGAACUUGUGAUCAGCCUGGCAGGAUAUGCUUUGGAUAAAGUUUGAGUUUGCUGAGAUGGAUGGUGUACAGUCUUAAACAAAAUACUGUGAGCUACUUUCUUUUGGAUGCGAUGGUGCAAUAUGACAAAAGGGACUAUAUUUGUUGCUAGUAUAGGAUUAGAAAAUUGGUCAGAUAAUUCCCAUAAGAUAAAAAUCCCCCAUCAACAAAUUGUCCUCAGUGGUCCAGAGAGACCCAACAUUUCUCAUAACACUAAAGUUAACCCUGUAGAGGACAUUGAGGACGGUCAUUCCUGCACAAUGGUUUUCCCUACAGGGGCUGCAUUGACAAAUUCCAGCUCAGGUUUGUUUGCAUUAUUUUGGGGGUACUAGAGAGCUCAAGAUUUUUACAACAAAUCCAAGCAGUUUGGUUUCCAUUUGUAAUUUCUACUCAUUUAAUAUUGCUAGAUAUAUUAACAGGAAGGAAUAAGGGAGCGUAUUUCAAGAACAGCUAAGUUAGAGGUUUCAGAAGCUGCAAAAGUGGAAAGCCACUCGACAUCACAAGAGGCAGAGAUUGCUAACAGUGACAGAAUCUCAGAAAACCAAUUUUUUAAGGUACCUUCAUGUGAUAAAAGUGGUAUUUGAAGUCAGCAGUCUGUUUUCAUAGAGCCUCUCCCAAGAAUAUAUGUUCAUCAGACCUAUUCGAUUUUUUGACAGUUUUUCAUAAGCUGUCAAAGGUGUUAACUCUUUAAAAGCCAAAAUGUAAAUAUUUAAAGGUAAGAAGCCAAGUGAUGGAUACACUGAGUCUCUGUAGUAUUUUUGCAACUUCUCAUGAAUCCAUAAUUAUUUCAAAAUAAAAGAGUUUUAAAAAGUAAAUAAAUGUAGAAUUAUCUAAGCUACAACUUAAAUUUAAUGAUCCAAACACAGUAUUUAGUAUUCAGUUUCAGACAAAUACAUAACAUAAAUUAAAUAUAAUGUAUUUCCUUCUCAAUUUUAAAGGAAAAAAACAACUCAGGUUUGGAAUGAAUGGUUAUCUACAGAUCUGUUUUGCCUUACGAGAAAAGAAAAAACAAGAACCUAAAACUAAGAAUUCCUUUUCCCCAUAAAAUAUGCAGUGACUUUUAUAUUUGUAAUAGUAUGAUUUUUUUUCCCUGUGGUACCUGGGUUUACUUUUAAGGAUAAAUUACGUUGAAAAAAGUUCUUCUGUGUCUUCAUGUCCUUUGCUUUGCUGUGUUAUCUCUAAUCACAGUGGGGCGAUAUGACACUUUAAUGAAGAAAGUACAGUCUUUGUUUCUUGUUCUAAGCUCAUAGGGAUUUAGUAAUUGACUUUGUCUUGGCUUGGUUAUUUAUAUAACCAGUGGCAGACCCACUGAGUAUAAUUUGGGUUAUGAUUGUCGACUUUUGUAUAUGGUGUUGGCAUUAAGAAUUAUCUUUUGCCUUUUUUUUCUUGUUCAGCCGUGUGGAAUAUACAUGUGCUUUUCAGCAUUUUCAUAUUUCUUAAAUAGAUUAUGAAGAAAUUCAUUGUUAAUUACAUGAACUAAAGGUUUGUAAUCCUUUUAUCCUCAAAAGUUUAAUUGAAGUGUCAUUGGAGCUUCAGAAUGCUGACUUUCACUGAGAGUAAAGACAAAGUUUUGUUUUUUUAAGGGCUUGCAAAAUAUUUUAGCCCAGAACUCUUGCUGGGAUGUAGUAUUUACUCAGGGCCCAGAUUCCCAGCCCUAAACUUAAAACCACUGUGACUGAGGUGAAGAGGUAUUCUAAGAAAGGGUGACUUUGAGCCAGACAUGAAGAGGAAGGCAAAUGUUAUAAUAGAAGAACAUUCUUAGCAAAACAAAUUCAUUUCUUUAAAAAUUUACAGAAAAAUAAGUCUUUUAAUAUCCUGAUUAGUAUUAAUUUGAAUUUAUAUUGUAAGAUUUUUUAAAAACAUCUUUUAGUUUCUUGGAGAAGUAGGUGUGUGUUGCCAGCUUAUAUCAUUAUUAUGUCCAUAGGGGGUUCUGUUGUCAAAUAAGUUUGGGAAACACUUGGUUAGCCAACGUUAAGUUCCUUUGAAAUACUUUUCUGAACCUUUGAAAUACUAUUGUGUAGUCAGUCAGUCUCCAGCAAGGGUCUGCAUUUUAUACACUAUUUUCCUGAUUUAUUGUAUGUGGUUUUUGGUGUGUGUGUGUGUGUGUGUGUGUAUGGGUCUGUGUGUGUGUCAGUAUAAAGUAGGUUUUGUGAGAUUUAUACGCUGAGAAGUAUAUUUAGGGAGAGGUUGCCCUGGAGUGUUUUUGCUUGUUUGUGCGAAUUGCAAAGGCUUCUUGUUAUUAGGUGCUGCUCUAGUGGGUGGUGAGAAAAUGGGAAGACAGGUCAGGACUCCCUUGGACCAUGAAGUUGAGGGAGGGGUGGCCCUGGGUUUAAACAGUUUGGUUAUCUUAGGCACACAUGAGGCCCCUGGUCAGUCAGCCCCUCGGCACGGGGGGGGGGUGGAGUGGAGGGGGGGGCGGUUCCAGGUGUUGGUGAGACAGAGAGGACAAACUUAGAAUUCCAGAACAAUUUUCCAAACCAUUUCUGGCUGUGCUUUAAAAGUGCCAAAAAGGUGAUGGGACUGAUAGCGGUAAUGCCACAUAAAAGAUGCUGCUGUUGUACACGUGCAUGUGCACACAUGCAUGGACACACGGUGUUGUAGAAAGUUUACGGUUGCGUCAGUGACAACGCAAAAAAAUGUUUAUUUUCAAGUCCUAUUCUAGUACUGGAGACAUGUUCUAAACAAGGAUUGUAUAUCUCUGUGUGCAUUUUCUAGGAUGAGGGUUUUCAGUUUUCAUUAAAUUCUCAGCAGUUUAAAAAAUUUUUUAAGUGUUUAUUUACUUUUGAGAGAGAGUGCAA